AUCUGAUUAUUUAAGCCGUUGUGUUAUGUCUAUCAAACAAACAUCACAAAUAUAGUCAACAUUACAGAGGACUGGCAUUACUGGCAAACCGUUGCACCGACUCAUGAGAUCAUGAAAAUUUUGAUAGAAAUGUAAAGAAAAUCUUCAUAUUAGACAUUAUUAUAAUGAUUUGCUUUCUUCGUUAACGACAAUAUAUGGAAAAAACUUUAUAACAAAAAAUAUUGAGACAAUUCGUCAUAUGAUUUGUUGGCCAUUGAUAUGAACAGAUGGACGUCAAGACUAGUAUUGAGAUUCUGGCCAACAAUGAACCCAAAGCUGUCAUAUUUGGUGACAUCUCUUGUGUCGGUCUUUCUUAUUGUCGUUUAUUUACAACAGACAAACAUUCAAGAAUAUUCUCGUUAUAAUUGGUUUCAGUCAGGAAAUAGAGAGUUAUUAAGUCUACAAAAUAAAAUCAAUAAUAUUGUUAAUUAUAAACAAUUGUCAAGUAAUGGUACAGACUUGACAACAAAAAUCAAUACACUUGAGGCCCAAAUAGACAGCACUGAUAGGUUUACGGCGAGUACACCGGUGGAGGAACAGUCAUGUGAUCCAAAAUAUAAUAUAGUAUUUAUAAAGACCCAUAAGUGUGCCUCCUCUACGAUUCAAAAUAUAUUUAUGAGAAACGGAUUUAUUAACAAUAAAGUAUUUGUAUUGCCAGCAAAAGCCAACUAUUUGGGACAUCCCCUACCAUUCAGUCGUAGUUUAGUUCCCGAUCCCAAACAUUUCAACCAUCCGUACAACAUAUUGACCCAUCAUUCUCGUCUCAAUUAUGAGGAGAUGCGCUCAUUGAUGCCAAACGGGACACUCUUUAUUACAAUAGUCAGAGACCCGGUAGACCUGUUUGAGUCUAUGUUUCAUUACUAUCGGUUGGAUAAGUAUUGGAAUAUUUCAUUUGAUAUAUUUAACAACCACUCCAUCAAAAUACCCAACAAAUUGCAUACAAAUAGAUAUCUCGGAAAAAUAGGCAUAAAUCAGAUGAUGUUUGACUUAGGAAUGAAUGUCAUAGACUUUACAAAGCCUUUCACUAUCAAGAAAUACAUCGACAAAUUGGACACAAUCUUUGAUCUCGUAAUGGUUUCUGAACGUAUGGAUCAGUCUCUUGUUUUGCUUAAAAAUCUAUUGUGUUGGUCUACAGAUGAUAUCAUUGCUUUUAAGUUAAAUGCUCGACAAAAAACAGCAAAAAGUGGUUUAACAGAAAUGUCUAAAUAUCGGUUAAGAGACAUGAAUUGGGCCGAUCAUCAACUUUACAAACAUUUUAGCCAAAAGUUUUCACUUAUGGUUAAAGCUUUUGGCAGUCAAAGAAUGAAACAAGAAGUUAAUGAACUUCAUUACAGGACUAAACAAUGGUUUAACUAUUGUGUUGGAAAUGAUAGCAUUCAUCGAAAUAAUAAUAAUAAUAGUAAUAAUAAUAAUGAGACUAAUAAUAAUAAUAAUAGUCUCAAGAGUUAG